CCAAAUAAAUAUGCAAAAUGUUGGACAUUUUAUAUUAAGACUUUAUUGCUUAAAGGAUUUUAAUGUAAAUCAAUUUUUUCCUUUGACUUGAAAAAAAAAAACAAGAAAAGUAAGGAAAUAGAGGAAGAAAAAAAGAAAAGAAGAGAGGGGGUUCCGGGUUUAUAUAGCUAUACAAAAGAACAGAAGUAAUUUUUCUAUUGAUUUAAAAAAUUGCUUCUUGAUCUUGUUGGUUCUAGCAGUCAUUACUAAUUAUGAGGUUAGAUGAAAUGAAUGACUCUGUAGCCAGUUCAUAGAUAUAGCUAUUCCACCAUACUAGGGAACAGUGUGCCCAUAUACGUGUGGAUUUUAAAAUUUACUUAGAUGGGUUUUAACUUAUAAUUCACAAACAUAUUUAUAUUUAGAAAAUAAUAACUUGCAGUUGUUACCAAGUAGUUGUAUAUAAUGCUCCCUUUGAAAACAAGUAUAUAUGGCCAGGCAUAGUGGCUCACACCUGUAAUCCAAGCACUUUAGGAGGCUGAGGCAGACGGAUCACCUGAGGUCAGGAGUUUGAGACCAACCUGGCCAAUAUGGUGAAACCCCAUCUCUACUAAAAUUACAAAAAGUAUUGAAGCAUGGUGGCUCACGCCUGUAGUCCCAAGCUACUCAGGAGGCUGAGGCACAAGAAUCGCUGGAACCCUGGAGCUGGAAGUUGCAGUGAGCUGAGAUCACACCAUUGCACACUAGCCUGAGCAACAGAGUGAGACUUAGUUUCAAAAAAAAAAAAAAAAAAAGAUAGAAAGAAACUAAGUGUGCUGGUUAAUUUAUAUCCAAAGAAUUCAUUUUGCCCUUGUUAUAAAUGUGACUGCAAGGAUAGAGCAGCAUCACAUGGCACAUACUCUCAACCUGAAUUUGAUCUCAGUGGAGAUCAGACUGUCAAGGUGGACCCCCCCAGCUGCCUCGUGAGAGCAUUUUUUGAGGGUAGUGGAGGCCUUUUCCUUCCCUGGGACCUAGGUCUGUGAGGCUCAAGUCUUUCUUCCUAUUUCAUGCCUUGAUUACCACACUAAAUGUGUCCUUUAGCAAAUCCUUUUGCUAAAGCCUCUUUUGCACUUCAAGUAAAGAAACCCAUUUCAGAGUGUCUUGUCUAUUAUAUGCCUGUCACUCCAUCUCCUUCAUUUAAUCAGUCAUUCCCUGGGGUAGAGGUGGGCUGACCUGAAGCAAGGUCACUGGUUUGCUGGGUGAAUAUCCCAAAGGUGUUUACAAGUUACUGGGCUGGGAGCAUUUUGGGGGUCAAGAACUGUAUUUUUGACUUUGGAUUCCUGGUAAAGAAUCUAGCACAGUGGCAAUCAGUAUUUGUCAAAUGCACAAAUUUGUUUCAAGUGCUGGCCUCCUGUCUUAGUUUAGCUUGAGCAACCCAGAACGCAAAUAAGUGCCAUUAAUCUGGCACAUGUUCUGUAUUCUAAGAAGUUAAAGGGAAACCUGAAGUGAGAAACAUGAACAUUUAAAUAUUUGAUGUACCAUCCUGAUUCUAAUUAAUGCAGAAGUUGAUUUGAUGAAAAUUGGUAGAAAUCAUGGCAGCAAUUUUGCUCUGAACUUGAUAAUGGGUUAUAGGGUACCUCUGCUCCUUGGGGAAUGGGGGAUACUAGUGAACUGAUGUAACCUGGAUUUUGUUUGUUUCCAUUUUCAAAGGACAGAAAUCUAUGGAAACUUGAAUUAAUUGAUUUUCCUGUUAUAGAUGCCUGAAGACUCAGGCCCUGGGAAUCAUAACCAUAUGGCACAAAGUGGGAAUUAAUUAUGCGGCAUUUUUUGAUAGGAUCUUUCAUUCAUUCUGUGUAUUUAACUGAGCACCAUCUUGAGCUCCAGAUAUAUAUCAGGAGCAUGCCUUGUGAUGAACGAACAGCCUCAAUAAGUACACAAGAAAAUAAAUCUCUCAGUGCAAAUUGUGAUAUAUGCUAUGAUGAAAGUGAAUAGAAUACAGGGAGAGCUAGAGAGGUGUGAGGUGACACUCACAGAGAGAGCAGUAUGUGCAAGGUCACUGGGGUGCAAUGGAGCUUGGCAUGUUGAGGGUGCUGAGAAGCUGAGUGCGAGCCAGUGUGCCUGGAAAACAUGUUCAGGAGGAAGAGUUGGUAUUAAAUGAGGCGAGAGAGACCAGUAGUGGCCAGGCCAUGCUGGGCUUUGUAGGAGGUAUGUGGAUUUGGAUUUUGAAUCAUGAUGCAAAGACCAUUAUAACUGAUUUAAACAUGAAUGCAACUUUUGGUCUGAAAGCAUUGAAUGAAUCGAGACUUGUACUCAUGUUAGAGUCUUCUUAAGGUAAAUAUUAGAAUUCUUAAGUUAGAUCCAUUUUUGUUCUCAGGGGAACACAAUUCUAUAUGGUCACAUAUGAUUAUGGGAAGAUAGAUUUUUGAUAUUCAAAUAUUCAGGUAACAUUUCAUUUAGUUAUAUGUAGUAAAUCAAAAAAUAAAGCAUACGCAAGUUGUUUCCAGUUUUAAAGAAGGCAGCUUGGAUGUACAGCUUCCUGUUCUCCCGUGGAGACUGUAGAGGGGAAAUUUUCCAGGCGCCUCUGCAUUUUCUGCAUGUAUUGUGAGCUAGUCCCUAACUGCUCUUUGUUCUGGAAUACCUUUUCUUGGAUGUUUGUAUAGGGAGAACACUUGAAAGGUAGAAAUCAUGUCCUUUUUGUAGCAAAGGACAGGCUUGCUUAUAGUAUUGGAAAACAGAGAUAGUGUUUCCCCUCAGAGCAAAGGGCAGAUAGGUUUACUACUCACUCUAAAAAUCUGGGGCUCCUUGAGUGCAGGGUGUCUCUCCUGAAAUGAAGCAUGCUUCUAGGCCUACCUACAUUACUCCAUGGGCAAGGGGAAAUGACCAAGAAUAUAUUGAUGCUUGUGCGAGUUGCUGUGUGGUGAGUAAUAAAGUCAUUUUCUCUGACCUAGGAGUCUGUGUCUUCUGUCAGCAUACAUAAAACUGGCAGGCUAACUAGUUAGUUUCUAAGUGAGUAAAAUCUCAGACCCUUCAUAGUUCUUCACAGAGGCUCCUCAGCAGUCCGAGCAGGAAGGUACAAUGCCAGGUUGGUGACAUCCUAGUGCUUUGCAGCCUCUAAGAUGUGCAAUUAGCAUUUCUUGUCACUGUUUUUCUCCUCCAAAGUCACAAGAUGAGCUAUUCUCAGAUAGUCACAUCUUAAGUGUGACUUCUAGUUUAAAAUAUAUGUGUGAAACUCACUAGCUACUAAUUAUUAUGCCUUGAAUAUUCUUAACCAAGUGGGAGAAUAUUUCAACAACAGAAUACUACGUUAAAAUUUUGGGAUCCUCAGGACAUAAAAUAUAAUAUGAUGAUACUUGAUUUAAAAUAAAAAAUAUUGUAUGUCUGAAAUGUCGUUCUUUUCUGAGAAAGGAGAGUGUUAGUCCCGUAGUGAUUAUCACAUAAGACUGUUUCAUGGAAAUAUGCUUGGUUCACAGAACCAUUAUUGUCACAAUGCGGGAUCAUCACUGGCUUGGGCUCUUGCUUUCUCCUGACCAGGGACUUGAGGAGUAGGCACUGCCAAUGCUCCCAUAGGACAAUACCAGGUCCUGCUCUGGCAGUUCCAGGAGAUGUUCUGUAUCUGCAGUGUCUGAUACAGUGGGCACUAGCCACAAGUGUACACUGAAUGCUUGAAAUUUGGCUUGUUUGAAUUGAAAGUAGUAUGGUGGCUCAUGCCUGUAAUGCCAGCACUUCUAGAGGCCGAAGCAGGACUGCCUGGGCCCUGGAGUUCAAGACCAGCCUGGGUAACAUAUCGUGACCCCCGCCUCUACAAAAUAUAUAAAUAAAUAAAUUUAAAAAAUUAUACAAUAGAGUUCAGAUUUAGGGCAGAAAAGGAAUGUCAAAUGUUUCACUAAUAAUUUUUAAAAUUGAUUAUGUUUGGAAUGAUAGUAUUUUAGAUAGGUUAAAUCAAAAUACUAUUAAAAUUAGUUUCACCUCUUAUUUUUACUUCCUUUUAAUGUGACUUCUAGAAAAUUUUAAAUGACAUAUACAGCUCUCAUUCUAUUUCUAUUGAACAAUGCUGUUCUGGAUUCUUGCUACUCAAAGGGCAGUUCUCAGGGGAGCAGCAUCACCAUCAUCAUCAUCUGGGAGCUGGUUAGGAAUGUGGUAUCCUACACCCCACCCCAGACUUACUGGGUCAACACUUGCAUUUUAACAGAAUCUCAUGUGAUUUUUAUGCACUUUACUUCCCCAAGACUAGAAUUGACUGGUUCAGCAAACUAAAAAUAUAAGAUGACCAGUUAAACUUAGUUUUUAAAUAAACAAUAAGUUUUAAAUAUAGUAUGUCCCAGAUAUUGCAUUGAACAUACUUAUAUUACAAUUAUUUGUUGUUUUUUUGACAUUCAAGUUUAACAGGUUAUCCUAUAGUUCAUCUGUCAACAUUACCUAAGACUAAACUUCUCUUGUCCAGACCUGCUUGUUACUUGAAAUUCCACAGAAUCAGGAAAAAAACAGAAAGAGAAAAGGAGAGGUGAAGAGUAGAAGCUGGGUGAAAUGAAAGAACGGAGAGAAGAAAAGGCAGUAUGAAGAGGCAGUAGGAAUUAGAUGGUUCAGAGAAAGGCCACAUUUAAGGGCAGAGACCCUUUUUCUUUUAUAUUUUUGGUUAGCAACUUUCUUCCUUAUUUCUGCAAUUCUCCCACUUCCCCUAGUCAUUCUGCUUUAUUUAACCAACAACAGGGCAGCUUUUUCUUCUUAUUUUCUGUUGGGGUCCCCUGAACUAUGUUGGAAGACAGUGGUGUGUGAGAGGAAUAGGAAUGUCUCCUCAGCACCAAGACCCCAGCUUUCAGAUAGUCCAUCAUCUCUUUGAAAUGUCACUUACAAAUAGCCCUUUUCUGCCAUAGAUACUUUGUCUUUAAGCCAUCGAGGUUCCUGAGUGCUCCAAAUGGUGACACUUGACACGUCUCAUUUUGGAGGAUUUUCUUUAUUGUGGCAUUUUAAUUGUAGUUUUUUAAAAAUGUAUAACGACUCUUAGGAAUUUUGUCAUUUGUUUUUGUUUUGUUUUUUAGGGGAGUAAGGUGAAAGGAGAGGCCAGCAGGGAAGGAGUAACAAUAGGCACUCUGUUUACUUAAGCAUUGAGUUAAGAAGAGCCUUUCAUUUAGGGCACAGUGGCUCAAGCCUGUAAUCCAAGCACUCUGGGAGGCUGAAUUGGCAGAUCACCUGAGGUCAGGAGUUUGAGACCAGCCUGGCCAAGAUGGUGAAGCCCCACCUCUACUAAAAAUACAAAAAUCAGCUGGGCGUGGUGAUGCAUGCCUGUAGUCCCAGCUACUCUGGAGGUUGAGGCAGGAGGAGUGCUUGAACAAAAGGAGGCCGAGGUUGCAGUGAGCUGAGAUUGUGCCUCUGCACUCCAGCCUGACAGAGUGAGACUCUGUUUAAAAAAAAAAAAAGAGCCUUUCAUCCAUGAUCCCAUUUAAUCUUCACAACAAUUAAGCACCUCUGUCCCCACUCUGCAUAUAAGGAUACAAGGCUCAGGAGGGAAAAUAACCUGCCUGGUGUCAGCUUGCUCACUAGUGAGGGCUGGAGCUGGACAGGCACUUCAGCUUCUGACUCCAAAGCCAGUACUCCCCACCAGUGCUGUCCACACCACUUGGCAAAUGGAGGCUCAUGAAUUCAACAGGAAACUGAACUAGGACCUAUAUGUAAAUUUAGGGAAGUUCCCUAGAUUUUUAUUUAUUCACCUGAAAAAUACAUGUGAAAAUAUAUACUUCAUAGAUUUUGGGGAGAAAUUAAUAGCUUCCUGAAGUGUAGUAUGAAAUAUAUAAUAGUAUGACAUAUAUGUAGUAUGAAAUAUAUAAAAUAGUCCUAAUAAGAAUUAUAUGACAGUAUCAAAACAAUUCACAUUUCUAAAAUGAGCUUAAGUGGCAAAUAUAUCUUCUUUAAAACUUGGCUCCUUAAUAAUCUUUCCAUGAGAUGAAUAAUUAAAAACUUAAAUACUGGUUUCACUCUAAGCAUAAUCAGACCCCUUUCUUCCUUCUCUCCCCAUGGAAUACAUUCUGAGAAAGCUGCCCUGUUAUUGGUUAAAUAUGCUGUCAGUCACAUGGCAUGAAAAGUACUGCCUCUUCUCUGUUUGCAUUUAUGAAUUAACAGAUGUGCUUGCUUUGGAGAAACUGAUUCUUGAUGGGCAAAAAAAUCUUGUUUAGUAUUUCACUGAUUUUUUUAUGUAUAGGAUUUUCACUAACUUUGGAGCAUAUAUUUGCCAGGAAGAAUGUAAGUUCUUCAACAUCUUCAAAUAAAGAAAUGGUUAUGAAGAAUGAUCAGAAUAAUGGAGAUAUGAAACCAGUCCAGAAUUUCACAACAAUACCAAUCACACAGAGUCUCCCUCGUCAUCAGGCUGGAGUGCAGUGGUGCCGUCUCAUCUCACUGCAACCUCUGCCUUCUGGAUUCAAGCAAUUCUCCUGCCUCAGCCUCCCAAGUAGCUGGGCCUACAGGCGCGCACCAUGUCCAGCUAAUUUUUUUUUCUUUGUAAUUUUAGUAGAGAUAGAGUUUCACCAUCUUGGUCAGGCUCUCAACUACAAUCUAAGCAAAGAAGGGCAUUUAGAAAAAGAACCGUGGAAUGCAUUCAGCCAUCAUGGCCCAGUUAAUGUCUCCAUCGAUGGAAUGCCUUGCAUUCUCUUCUGGGCCAAAAGAAUCACGAUUAAAUUUAAGAAUCAAACCUGGCUGGAUCUUACAGGCGAGGCAUUUGGUCAGAAGGCAACAGUGGACCCUGACAACUCAAAUUGCAGUGAAGAAAGUGCUAGGUUGUCUUUGAAGCUUGGUGAUGCUGAAAACCCCAGAAGUCUUGCUAUAAGAUUCAUCCUUACCAAUUACAACAAGUUGUCCAUCCAGAGUUGGUUUAGUUUGCGCCAAGUCGAGAUUGUUUCGAACAAUUCAAUCCAAGCAGUCUUUAACCCAUCUGGCAUAUAUGCUCUGUCCGGUUACUCCUACCGCUGCCAACGCGUGGGCAGCCUGCAGCAGGACCAUGCCCUCUUGCUGCCCAGCGACACGAAUGAUGGGUCGAACCUGUGGGAGGUCACGUUUAUUGAUUUCCAGAUUCAAGGUUUUGCCAUUAAGGGGGGACGAUUUACCAAGGCCCGAGACUGCACCUCCUCCUCCUCACCCGCUAUUCUGAUCAGCCUGGCAACGUCCCUGAUCCUGCUGCUGGUGUUGGCCUAUGCCCUGAACAUGCUCAUCUACCUGCGGUAUCUGGACCGGCACUAUGAUCCCCUUGUCUCGCCUGCCCACUUCCCACAGCUGAAAGCUCAAGACACCGCCAAAGAGAAGGAACUGCUGAGGAGCCUAGAGGCCGAAUGCUAUGAAUUGAGAAGCCAGCAGCUCAGCAAAACAUAUGCUUAGCAGCGCAGGCUGCCCCCUACCACGUCCACAGUGGGCUCCGAAAAUUGUUUCUGUUCUGUGCUAUUUGACUUGUGAAUUAAAGAUUUUCACCAAAUGUCUUGAUU